AUGCUUGCUUGGUUUCUCAAUAGCGAUGAUCCGUUCAAAAAGUUCGGACUGCUGAUGCUCGGAAUCUUUGUCGGUGCCGCAGUCACCUCACAAUGUCUGCCAAAAGACAACACCGAUAAGAAACUCGCUAAGCAGCGACAGAACGUCACACCGGGAGCACGAGGACCCGUUCGAGUCCCCUUCUUACCGUCAGCAAUUCCCUUUGUUGGGCACGCUGUCUUCAUGGCCUAUCACGCCAAUAGGUUCUUAGACUGGGUCACGGACGUCUUUCUAUCUCGCAAUGGAGCACCGUUCACACUGAGUCUGCCGUUUCAACGUGACAUGAUCCUCACUGCUAAUCCACAGCACUACGAACACGUCAUGAAGACGCAGUACGACAACUUUGUCAAAGGCGACCACAUCUACGACUUGCUUGUGGACUUACUAGGUGACAGCAUCUUGAUCGUUGAAGGUGACGAGUGGAAGUUUCAUCGUCGAGUAUUCGUCAAUCUCUUCAGUUCUCGCGCGCUGCGGGAGCAUAUGGCUCCUAUCAUUCGGAAACAUAUUCGUGUACUGCAGCAUGUGCUUACAGAUGCCGCUAAAUCACAAGACACAAUCGACAUACUUACGUACUCAGGUCGGUUUACACUCGAUGCAUUUGGAGAGAUCGCUUUCGGCUUCAACAUGAGCACACUCACGCUAACGAACGAGCACCCAUUCGAAAAAGCUUUCGUAAAAGCGCAACACAUCGUCGCAGCUCGACUGAUAGUUCCCAUUUGGUACUGGAAACUAAAGCGCUGGUUGAACGUAGGAAGCGAAAAACACCUCCGUGAGGCGUUGGCAACCGUCAACAACUUCGUCAUCAAUGUCAUUUCAAGAACAAUGGAGAAGCGCAAUGACGACAACGAUAAAGGCACGAGUCCCAAUCGUGACAUCGUUUCUCUUAUACUUGCCAACGAAACGGUGGACGGCAAACCUGUGAACCCCAUCUUGGUUCGCAACAUCGUGCUCAUGGCAUUAAUAGCUGGCCGUGAUACGGCAGCAGAUGGAUUAGCAUGGCUGUUCCAUUUGCUCACGCUCAACCCGCGCGUUGAAAGUAAGCUACGUGCUGAACUAAUCAAACACUUGCCACAGCUUGGCACGGACCCGGACUACAUCCCGGACGUACACGAAGUGCACGACUUAGUGUAUCUGGAGGCGACGAUCUGCGAGGGGCUGCGUUUGUAUUCACCUGUGGGCAUGGCACAGAAACUGUGCGUCCGUGACACUGUUUUCCCGGACAGCACGUUUAUUCCAAAAGGGUCAAACAUCGCACUCAUUUACCAUGCAAUGGCUCGUAUGCCGCAUGUUUGGGGUGCCGACGCUGCAUCGUUCGUACCAGAACGAUUCAUCGAUCCUCGCACGGGCAAAAUGCUCAAAGUGUCGUCUGGCAAGUUUAGUGCAUUUAACACGGGUCCGCGUGUCUGCGUUGGGCGCAAACUUGCCAUGAUGGAAAUGAAAAUGGUAGUCGCCUGUGUAGUAAGUCGAUUCCGCCUGGACGAAGUGCCUGGUCAAAAUGUCGCCUGCUCCAUAGGACUCACAAUCGGUAUGAAGUACCCACUCAUGAUGCGCGUGCAAAAAAUCUCUCCAGCUGACGAGGUUGUAGGAGUGGCUGCUUAA